AUGGCAGGUCCGCCGUACAUAUGCUCCUUCUGUAAUAAAGCCUUCCAAACCCUUCAAUCGCUCGGCGGACACCAGACCAGUCAUCGUCGAGAGAUCAAGGAGAUGAGGAAGCAGCAUGAGACCUUCAUGGAGGCCCAGCAUCUCAGGCCUAGGCCACUCAGGGCCUCAAGUGGAUCUCCUGGAAUGCGUAUGGUGCCACUCACUCCAAACUAUGCAUAUUGGGAGGCACUCCGAGCGGCCGAUCAAUCCCCUGUGGUGAUAAACUUUAUGGAAAUACAUAGCCCUGAAGUUUCACAGCAGCACCCGCAGCCUUCUCAAAUGUAUAAAAUGGCUCCCUCCUCUGAGGAAACCAUUACUGAUCCGAUGCUGACGCUAUGGGGAGAAGUGCAUCGAGGGGAAGAGGUUAACUCUGUGAAUCCAGAUGUCACCUUGAAGCUGUGA